CCAGCUUCCGCGGAGUUUCUGCCCCGGUUGCCCCGGCUCCGGCCACCUCCCGCGCACAAAUGGGGCGAGGGGAUUGACUGGGUCGCAGCGUGGAGAAGGACAGCUGCUCUCGGAGAGAAAGUCGACACCAGUCCAACUCAGGUCGCCCCUACUAUUACUUCGAAACUCACACCCAAGUAUAAGAGGCAGGAUAUGUCUUCAUUUGGCUCUUCAGAAGACCUUAGUUAAGCAUGUGUGAAGAGUACUGAGGAGCAGGCAAAGCUUUGUGUUUUGGCUUCUCGACCCACUGCCGGCUAAGAAACAAAAUUUGGCUACCUCAUCGCUAAGGGGGAGUGGCCACAGCAGGUCCUAGCUGGUGGUGAGUGGCUGUCAUGAUCUCUACGGCACCGCUCUACAGCGGCGUGCACAACUGGACCAGUUCUGACCGGAUUCGCAUGUGUGGCAUCAACGAGGAGAGAAGAGCACCUCUUUCUGAUGAGGAGUCCACGACAGGUGACUGCCAGCACUUUGGAUCUCAGGAGUUUUGUGUCAGCAGCAGCUUUUCCAAGGUGGAGCUCACAGCGGUUGGUAGUGGCAGCAAUGCCCGGGGGGCAGACACAGAUGGCUGUGCGACAGAGAAACUUGGGCACAAGUCAGGAGAAAAGCUUGAUGACCCUCAACCGAAAAUGGACUCUGCUGGGAACGAGGCAGCAGCCGAUGGCCUGGUCAGGGCCCUGAGCAGCCCAGGGGACGCACUCAAGCUUCCCCCUCCUGACAGCGCCGAGGCCGGCAACAGCAGGGCUGAGUGUCCCUGGGCACCCCUCAGUGUCCAAAUGAGCAAGCAGGCCGACAGCUCGGCCUCCUCCACCUCCGGCAAGGCUCCGGACUCUCGGCACGGCGGCGGAGAGAAGAAUACUUUCAUUUUGGCAACUCUGGGAACAGGUGUCCCCAUGGAGGGGACCCUGCCUCUGGUUACCACCAACUUCAGCUCAAUGCCAACCCCCAUCUGCCCCCCUGCUCCUGGUUCAGUUUCUGUUCCCCCAUCUGUUCCCGAUCCAUUCCAGGUUCCCCUCUCUGUCCCUGCCCCAGUGCCCCAUUCCGGGCUAGUCCCUGUCCAAGUGACCACUUCAGUUCCAGCACCUUCCUCUCCCUUAGCACCAGUUCCAGCUCUGGCCCCAGCAUCAGUCUCUGCCUCAGUCUUGGUGUCUGUGCCAGCGUCUGCUUCCCCCUCAGGUCCAGUCCCCAUCUCUGUUCCCACCCCUGCCCCUCUCUCAGUCCCUGUUUCUGCACCUCCCUUGGCCCUCAUCCAGGCUCCUGUGCCCCCCGCAGCUCCGACCUUGGUGCUGGCUCCUGUCCCCACUCCUGUUCUAGCCCCCAUGCCAUCUUCCACUCCUCCAGCAGCUCCCCCACCUCCAGCAGCACCGAUGCCUACCCCCACCCCCUCCUCCGGCCCACCUUCUACUCCCACCCUCAUCCCAGCCUUUGCCCCGACCCCAGUGCCAGCCCCCACGCCGGCCCCCAUCUUUACUCCAGCUCCUACACCCAUGCCGGCCGCCACACCUACUGUCAUCCCCACCUCGGCCCCAAUCCCUGCCUCCUUCAGUUUGAAUCGAGUGUGCUUUCCUGCAGCACAAGCACCAGCUAUGCAAAAAGUCCCCCUGUCCUUUCAGCCGGGGACAGUCCUGACCCCCAGCCCACCACUGGUUUAUAUCCCACCUCCGAGCUGUGGGCAGCCACUCAGUGUGGCCACACUGCCAACCACCCUUGGGGUCUCCUCCACCCUGACCCUUCCUGUCCUGCCAUCCUACCUGCAGGAACGGUGUCUUCCUGGCGUGCUGGCUUCCCCAGAGCUCCGCUCCUACCCGUAUGCAUUCUCGGUGGCCCGACCUCUGACUUCCGACUCCAAGCUGGUGCCCCUGGAGGUGAACAGGCUGCCCUGCACUUCCCCGUCUAGCAGCACCAGCACCCAGCCCGCCCCUGAUGGGGUCCCUGGGCCCUUGGCAGAGACGGCCCCCGGCACCGGCACCGCUUCUGCCAAGUUGCUUCCAGCUGCACAGCCUCUGCUGCCAGCCCCCAGUGGGAGCUCAGCCCCACCACACCCAGCCAAGAUGCCUGGCGGCACAGAGCAGCAAACAGAAGGGACUUCCGUCACCUUCUCUCCCCUUAAGUCACCUCCACAGCUGGAGCGAGAGAUGGCCUCUCCUUCAGAGUGCAGCGAGAUGCCCCUUGAUCUCUCCUCCAAGUCCAACCGCCAGAAGCUUCCAUUGCCGAACCAGCGCAAGACUCCCCCCAUGCCAGUGUUGACUCCUGUGCAUACCAGCAGCAAGGCCCUCCUCUCCACAGUCCUGUCUAGGUCUCAGCGCACGACCCAGGCAGCUGGCAGUGGUGUCACCUCAUGCCUGGGCUCCACAUCCUCCCCUUUUGUCAUCUUCCCUGAGAUUGUGAGGAACGGCGACCCCAGCACCUGGGUGAAGAAUUCCACUGCACUCAUCAGCACCAUUCCAGGCACCUACGUGGGCGUGGCCAACCCAGUGCCUGCCUCCCUGCUGCUGAACAAAGACCCCAACCUGGGCCUCCCCCGAGAUCCCCGCCAUCUUCCCAAGCAGGAGCCCAUCUCCAUCAUUGAUCAAGGUGAGCCGAAGAACACGGCUGCCCCUUGCACUAAAAAGGGUAGUCAGGCCGGUGCUGAGGGACAGCCAAGCACAGUCAAACGUUAUCCACCAGCCCGCAUUGCCCCUGGACUGCCAGGGUGCCAAACCAAGGAUCUCUCAUUGUGGAAACCCACAGGGCAGGCAAAUAUUUAUUCUCGGUGUUCAGUCAAUGGGAAAGCCACUAGCACCCAGGUCCUGCCUGUAGGCUGGUCACCAUAUCACCAACCAUCUCUGCUUUCCAUCGGCAUUUCCGGUGCUGGACAGCUGAGCCCCAGUCAGCAGGGCGUGCCCAUCCGGCCCAGCAGUGUGGUGCCUGAGUUUUCUGGUGAACCUGUGCAUGGACUUCCCGAUGGGCAGCCCAGGCCUGGGGUCCCCUUUGUGCCUGAGCAGGACACAGUCUCAAAGAACAAAACUUGCCGGAUUGCUGCCAAGCCUUAUGAAGAACAAGUCAACCCCGUCCUCUUGACUCUCAGCCCUCAGACAGGGACCCUGGCCCUGUCUGUUCAGCCCAGCAGUGGGGAUGUGAGAAUGAACCAGGGCCUGGAGGAGUCCGAGACCCACCUCUGCCCUGACAGCACCUCUAAGAUGGAAGGCCCCCAGGGGGCUUGUAGCCUGAAGCUGGCUGGAGACACAAAGCCCAAGAACCAAGUACUGGCCACCUACAUGUCCCACGAGCUGCCUUUGCUACCUCAUGACAGCCACCCCAAGGAGCUCAUCUUGGAUGUGGUUCCAAGCAGCAAGAGGGGCCCAAGCGCUGAGCUCCCACAGCUAGGAAGCCAGGUGGACUUGGGGCGGGUAAAAAUGGAGAAAGUGGAAGGCGACGUGGUCUUCAAUCUAGCCACCUGCUUCCGGGCCGACAGCCUUCCGACAGCUCCCCAGAGGGGCCAGGCCGAGGUUCGGGGCCAGGCUGGGCAGGCGCGAGUGAAACAGGAAACUGUUGGAGUCUUCACUUGCAAGAACAAGUGGCAGCCAGAUGACAUGACCGAGUCACUGCCACCCAAGAAAGCGAAGUGUGGCAAAGAGAAGGAAAAUGCGGAGCAGCAGCCACUGCAACCCCAACCCAUAGUCCGGAGUUCACAUGGACCCAAGUGCCGAAAGCUGCCCAGUGAUCCCCAAGAACCUACUAAGAAAAGUCCCCGGGGGGCUUCAGAGUCAGGAAAAGAGCACAACGGAAUCAUGGUCAAGCACAAGCACCGGAAACCAGUGAGGCCGGAAGCCCAGUCUCCAGGAAAGCGAGCCGAGAGCCACGAGGAAGGUUCCUUGGAAAAGAAAGCGAAGAGCAGUUUCCGGGACUUUAUCCCUGUGGUCCUGAGCACCCGGACACGCAGUCAGUCUGGCAGCAUCUGUAGCUCCUUCGCUGGUCUGGCAGACGGUGACAUGGGAAGCCAGGAAGUCUUCCCCACCGAGGAGGAAGAAGAGGUGACCCCCACCCCAGCUAAGCGUCGCAAGGUGAGGAAAACCCAACGGGACACUCAGUAUCGCAGCCACCAUGCCCAGGAUAAGAACCUGCUGAGCCAGGGCCGCAGACACCUGUGGCGAGCCCGAGAAAUGCCCUGGAGGACAGAGGCUGCCAGGCAAAUGUGGGAUACCAACGAGGAGGAGGACGAGGAGGAGGAGGAAGGCCUGUUGAAGAGGAAGAAAAGGAGGCGACAGAAGAGCCGAAAGUAUCAGACCGGGGAGUAUCUCACUGAGCAAGAAGAAGAACAACGGCGGAAAGGGAGAACAGAUUUAAAGGCCCGCAAGCAAAAGGCGUCCUCCCAAAGUUCGGAGCACCACCUCAGGAACAGGAACCUUCUCUUGCCCAACAAAGCCCAGGGGAUCUCAGAUUCACCCAAUGGUUUCCUCCAAAAUAACCUGGAGGAGCCAGCCUGCCUCGAAAAUUCAGAAAAGCCAUCAGGAAAGCGGAAAUGCAAGACCAAGCACAUGGCAAACAUCUCUGAAGAGGCCAAGGGUAAAGGUCGCUGGAGCCAGCAUAAGGCUCCGUCUGCCAAAUCUCCCAGCCCAGUGAAGCCCAUGGAACCUUGCGCGCUCUCUAAGUCCCGAAGUGCCGGCCUAGAGGAGGCAGAGUCCCCCACAGUCCGCCAGAUCCCACCGGAAGCCCGGAGGCUGAUCGUGAACAAGAAUGCUGGCGAGACCCUCUUACAGCGGGCAGCAAGGCUAGGCUAUAAGGACGUCGUUCUCUACUGCCUCCAGAAGGACAGUGAGGAUGUGAAUCAUCGAGACAACGCUGGGUACACGGCCCUGCAUGAGGCCUGCUCCCGGGGCUGGACCGACAUCCUGAACAUCCUGCUGGAGCACGGGGCCAACGUGAACUGCAGUGCGCAGGAUGGCACAAGGCCCGUUCACGACGCGGUGGUCAACGACAACCUGGAGACCAUCUGGCUCUUGCUGUCCUAUGGGGCGGACCCCACACUGGCUACCUACUCGGGGCAGACAGCUAUGAAGCUGGCCAGCAGUGACACCAUGAAGCGCUUCCUCAGUGAUCACCUCUCCGAUCUCCAGGGCCGAGCAGAGGGGGAUCCUGGAGUCGCCUGGGACUUUUACAGCAGUUCGGUGUUGGAGGAAAAAGGUGGCUUUGCCUGCGACCUCCUGCAUAAUCCUCCGGGGAAUUCUGACCAAGAAGGAGAUGAUGUGGAAGAGGAUGAUUUCAUGUUUGAAUUCUCAGACAAGCCUCUUCUCCCUUGCUACAAUCUCCAAGUAUCAGUGUCCCGUGGGCCCUGCAACUGGUUCCUUUAUUCCGACGUCCUGAAGAGGCUGAAGCUUUCCUCCAGGAUCUUUCAGGCUCGAUUCCCGCACUUUGAAAUUGCCACUUUGCCCAAGGCUGAGUUCCACCGGCAGGUGGCCUCAAGUCAGCUGCUGGCCCCAGCUGAGCAGCCUGGAGGCCCGGGAGAGUCCCCCUCCCCACCAGGCUCCUCUGAGACUGUGGAGCUGGUGCCCUAUGAGCCUGAGCUGCUGCGGCUCCUGGGCUCUGAGGUGGAAUUCCAGUCCUGGGCCAGUUGACUGGGAAGGCCCCUUCCUUUUCUGCUCUCUCCUCCCAAGCCUUUCCCUAUCUCCACCUCCUGUGUCUCUCCCCACCCCCACCCCCUCGCCACCAAGCACCAGACUGCAGAAAGAGGCAAUAACACAGACCAACCAAGACGCCGCCUUAUCAAAUGCCAGCACUCGUGACUGGAUUUUUUUGAGGGGGGGUGGGGGCUCCGAUUAGUUCUCAUCUCCCCGUCAUUGUCAUUGUUGCCAUGGUUGGUCGUUAGGAAGGGUGAACCCCACGUCUGAGGACCAGAAGUCCCCAGGGGUGGUGGCAGGUGGCACUGAGGUCCAGUGGUCUAGCUGGCCUCCCCGUGGGUUGCUAGGACCCAGCCUGGGCCUUCGGGUGGCCAAAGCCUGUCCUGAGGAGAAAUGAGAAAAACCCACUCUGAGCGCGCCCUCCGUGCCCCUGUGUUCUUCUGUCUUUCAUAGUAUUUAUUUUAUUAGUAUUUAAUUUGUAUUGUUUCAUUGGUUUCUGAUAAGUCUGUAUCACUGUGAUGGUUUGAGACAACUCGUUGUGUUGAGGGACUUUCUUCCCCUCCUUUUCUGUUUCUCGGGAGCUGCUCCUUCUUCCCUCCGACAAAGUGACUGUGUCGAGGGCGGGGCGGGGAGUGCACGGAGUGUGAAGAAUGAAGCUAACUGGUAUUGGCCCAGGGCUAGAGGGUUGGGGGUCAACAAACCCCUAGGCUUUGGUGCUUCCCCCCACCACCACCACACACACAGAGGUUUUGUUUCUCUUUGCCCCUCCCCUGUUUGCUACAGUCCUGCUAUCUUCAGACACCUGCUCACCAGGGGCAGGGAAGAUGGUAGGGUGAGAGAUUAAUGAGUCACUACAGUAAAAGAAGUGUGCAGAGUGGGACUGAUGGCUAAGGCGCCCCCUCUUCACUGGCCCCUCCCCUCAGAGUACACAAUAUGGGUUUCUUCCCACAUCUUUUGCCUUGCAGCACCCCCUCAGCCUCCCUCUUCAGUCUAGCCCUACCCUCUCUAGAGACAGAGCUUCUGCAGGGUUCACCCCUGCCCAGCCAAGCAGCACCCUCUCCCUUCUCUCCUCCCUCCGCCCCUGGUUCCUUUGGAAUCUGCAAAUCGCUUAGGGACUGACUGCCAGAUGGAAACUCCAGGCUAGGCAGGAGAUAGAGCUCCAGGCUGGGCUCCAUUCCUGCCGGCCCCCCCAGGCCUCCAGCGUGGGGCUUGUUCAGGGAGAGAGACUACGCAGUCGUGCGCGCAUGCACGUACACGCAGGAGCUCACGUUUCCCACCCCUUCUGUGGCAUUAGUUUCUCCCCUCUUGCUCUUAUUUUUCUGUCAAUUGCUAUUUUUCCAAACAAUCCUGGUAGAAAGAGUAUGUGCCAUCCAAUGGCAAAAGGGCCUUUCUGUGGCCGGCUCUGGUUGGAGGUGGUACAGUUUUAUUGUACAGGUGCUAAAACAACAACAACAGAGGAAGAAGAAGAAGAAGAAAAUGGAGUAGGAAAAUCAAACCAAACAAACAAUCUGUUCUCUGGAAGGCUCCUGGCCCAUUGCGGGAGCCUCGGUGGUUCUUUUCUUUGUAUUGUGUUUGUUCUUUGUUCUUAGGGGGGUGUUACAGACCCCCUUCUGUAGGACUGCUCCCACCCCCACCAUACUGCCCAGUUGGUUUUGAACAGUUGUUCUCCCUUUUUAAAAAAACAAACAAAAAAACAACAAAACAACAGACAAAAAAAGACAAAAACAAAAAAACGACAAAAAUAUAUAUCUAUAUAAAGUUGAGGGUUUUGGCACUUGGA